CUUCAACACGUUCAAUCAGUUCGGCAACAUUUGAGACGACCGAACCGUUAAUAACAGUUCCUCGCUUCGUUGUUUGAAAGGCUCGUAUCAACAUAGCCGAGUCACGUUCAUCUCAGGCCCGACGGGCAGUGGGAUUUCGUUUGUCAAAAUUUUCGCGUAGGAGUCGAUUUUGAACAUUGAGCUCCAUCGCUAUCAUGGCACUCACCACCCGCCGGAGCACGAUGCACACCAGCUAUUUGAAGGUUGGCGAGUCGUUAGGCAAUUGGGGCAGCGUCAAACUUUCAAGAAGGACUCGGAUGUUCUAAAUAUCAUUCAUAUCCGAGGGGGUCUCCGGUAUGAUUUUCAAGUUAGCUCUCGCUACUCUCCUGGGUCUUGCACUCCGUAGUGCUGCUUCCACGGGCGAUCACUUGCACGCUCGCGAUGGCCAUGCCCAUGAAUGUCUGGAAAGGCGUGAGUACCCGCGGGUUCCACUCACACCUCCAUAUCGUCCUCUUGUUUGGGGAGACUUGAACGUGAUCCACACCACCGAUACGCAUGGUUGGCUCCUUGGGCACCGGAAGUUGUCCUGGGCUGAACCAUACUACAGCGGGGAUCUCGGAGACUUUUCUAGCUUUGUGACUCACAUGAAGCAAAUUGCCAUCGAUAAGGACGUCGAUCUUCUUUUGAUAGACUCAGGUGAUUUACAUGAUGGAACCGGCCUUUCUGAUGGCUAUCCUCCCGGUGGUGUCGACGCACACGAGUCAAACAAGUUCCUUGAGCGCCUCCCCUACGAUCUCAUGACCAUCGGAAAUCAUGAAUUAUAUGUCUAUGCGGAUACGUAUGAUAUGUAUACCAAUUUUGUACCCCACCUCGCUGGGCGGUACUUGACUUCUAAUGUCAACAUCACUGUUUUCAAUUCAGACGGCGAGCCUGAAAGUGUCCCAGUGGGCAACCGUUACACCAAGUUCACCACAAGGAAAGGCCGUCGUAUAACUUCUCUUGGAGUCAUAUUCAAUUUUACUCAGAACGUUGUGAACACGACUGUGCAAGCUGUCGAUGAUAUGGUCAAGGAACAGUGGUUCGUCGAGGCCAUUGCAGAAGAGCCUGAUGUGUUCGUGCUUAUCGGACAUAUGCCUGUUUCUUAUGAUAGCUGGCCUACUGUGUUCAACGCUGUGCGGGCUGUGCACCCUUUGACACCCAUACUGAUAUUUGGAGGACACACCCACAUUCGUGAUUGUCGGCAGCAUGAUGGUCGUUCCAUGGCUCUCGAAAGCGGACGCUACAUGGAGACAAUUGGCUGGAUGAGCGCAGACCUCGAUGCUGCCAAGGAUAACCGCGACAACAUUACUUUCACAAGGAGAUAUCUUGACCAGAACCGUGUGACUUACGAGUACCAUACCAAAACCUCAAAUCACACAUUUGACACCCACGGUGGACGAUCUAUCACCCGUGGCCUGCAGGAGCUUGCAGCCCGCUUUGACCUGUCCUAUCUGUACGGAACAGCUCACCAAGAUUAUACCUUGUCUUAUAACCCUUAUCCUUCCAACGGGUCUCUUCUAUCUCUCUUCAUCGACAAUGCUGUCCCAUACGCACUCGCUAUAAACAACACUCGCGAUUCCAUCCCAAACAUAAUUAUCAUCAACUCGUGGGCUCUACGCUUCGACCUCUACAAGGGAUCGUUCACCAAGAACGAUCAACUAACAAUUAUGCAGUAUAAGGAUACGUUCUUAUAUAUCGCCAAUGUCACAUCUAGCAUCGCAAACCAGGUGCUCCCCGCUUUGGAUAGCCCGGCGGUGAUGAAACGGAGACGAGAUGAAACCCAAGCUGAAUUUUUCAGCCAUGAAAUCGAUGAUACGUGGGACGGUGCCUGGUCGGAGGAGAUAGACGACGGUGGACAAGAAGCAACAUCAGGCGAUUGGUCAUUUGGAUAUGUCACUAAAGAUUCAUGCCCCGGCGCUGCAGACGAUACACUGCACACCGUGUUGCCCAACUACGAUGUUCCAUACUACAUCGCCUCAAACCCGCCUAACGUGACGGCCGACACACCUAUUGAUAUCGUCUUCCUCAACUACCUUGGAGAGGAGAUCAUCAACAUCCUCAACAGGUUACAGAAAGAUAAGAACUACACGAUGGAUGAUGUUUCGAUGUAUAGUCCGAUGCUGACUAGCGAAAUACUGGGCUUGUAUGCUCAGGCCAUGUGGAACUGAUGGUAUGGCCUGUAGUCAUGCUGCGCUGUACUAAUAUAGUUAUGUAGUGGACCAUCCUGAGCCGAUAGUUGUAUCUUAAAUAAAAGGCGUACGUCGCACAAUCGGUAUGCUCACGAAAUUAUCGACCAGGCUUGAUAGUUAUUUCGUGACUCAUUUAAAAGUCGCGUCGAGGAUUGAGAUACCGGAAGCUUUGAAGGCUGAAAGAAGAUUGUUGAUUAGAAUCGUAGCCUGGGUAAAUGCACUAUCUCCAAUAGCAUGACUUACAGGGCGAGCCUGGGGGCCAUUUU